AUUUCCGGGCCGAGCUGCUGGGCGGGGCUGCUGCCCGGACCCGGUGGUGGUGGUGGCAGCGACAAGGCGACCCGCGGUGGCCACGACGCGGAGCAGCGGGCGGCGGAGCCAUGGCAGGCUGCUGCUCCGUGCUCCGGGCUUUCCUGUUCGAGUACGACACGCCGCGCAUCGUGCUCAUCCGCAGCCGUAAAGUGGGGCUCAUGAACCGCGUGGUGCAGCUGCUCAUCCUGGCUUACGUCAUUGGGUGGGUGUUCGUGUGGGAAAAGGGCUACCAGGAAACGGACUCUGUGGUCAGCUCGGUGACAACCAAAGCCAAAGGUGUGGCUGUGACCAACACUUCUCAGCUUGGAUUCCGGAUCUGGGACGUGGCCGACUAUGUGGUCCCAGCUCAGGAGGAAAACUCCCUCUUCAUCAUGACCAACAUGAUCGUCACCGUGAACCAGACGCAGGGUACCUGUCCAGAGAUUCCUGAUAAGACCAGCAUUUGCGAUUCAGACGCCAACUGCACUCUCGGCUCCUCGGACACCCACAGCAGUGGAAUUGGGACUGGAAGGUGUGUUCCAUUCAACGCGUCUGUGAAGACCUGUGAGGUGGCCGCAUGGUGCCCAGUGGAGAAUGACGCUGGUGUGCCAACGCCAGCUUUUUUAAAGGCUGCAGAAAACUUCACCCUCUUGGUAAAGAACAACAUCUGGUACCCCAAGUUUAAUUUCAGCAAGAGGAAUAUCCUCCCCAACAUUACCACCUCCUACCUCAAGUCGUGCAUUUAUAAUGCGCGGACGGAUCCCUUCUGCCCCAUAUUCCGUCUUGGCCAAAUCGUGGCGGAUGCGGGCCACAGCUUUCAGGAGAUGGCAGUGGAGGGAGGCAUCAUGGGUAUCCAGAUCAAGUGGGACUGCAACCUUGACAGAGCUGCCUCCCACUGCCUGCCCAGAUAUUCCUUCCGGCGCCUCGACACUCGGGACUUAGAACACAACGUGUCUCCUGGCUACAAUUUCAGGUUUGCCAAGUACUACAGGGACCUUGCUGGCAAUGAGCAACGCACACUCACCAAGGCAUAUGGCAUCCGCUUUGACAUCAUCGUGUUUGGAAAGGCUGGCAAGUUUGACAUCAUCCCAACCAUGAUCAAUGUUGGCUCUGGCUUGGCGCUCCUAGGGGUGGCGACCGUGCUGUGUGACGUCAUAGUCCUCUACUGUAUGAAGAAGAGAUACUACUACCGGGACAAGAAAUAUAAGUAUGUGGAAGACUACGAGCAGGGUCUUUCCGGAGAGACGGACCAGUGAUGCCUAACCCUACAUUUCAAUCCCACUCAGCCUGUGAUGCAGAAAUAUGGGAGACUUGGCUGCUGCGUCUGUCACUCUAGAGACGGUUCCAGAGUCUCACUCGGUCUCCACUCCACAAAUACUCAGGGUUGCCCGAGCACGUCUUGUAUUGUUUUUUUGUGGGUUUUGAGCCCGGGUCCUGCUCUGCAGCUCAGAUGGGCUUCAGAUUCAAGAUCCUCCUGCUUCAACCUCCAGGGGUGCUGGAAUCCCACACGUCCAUAACAGCACCCACUUCCCACGGGAGUUCCGGCAUUUUUACAUUUUACAGGUUCAUUGUACACAUCUCAGGCUGGCCUCAAACUCCAAGACAUCCAAGAAACCCUAUUAAUCUCAUUGUGCAUAUGGGGGGGGGGUCAUUUGCACACUACACACAAUGGAUUUCUGGUGUGCUGUUGGCUGGGUCACCUGUUGCUUAUACAAUGUGAGUGUACUGAGGUAAGGGGAAUAUGGGAGCAGAGACACGGCUGUGGCUUACGGACAGGCCCAGUCCUUGGAGGCACAGCAGCUCUGUCCAAGCACUUUAUAAGGAAGGAGGCUCCCCCAGGUGCCGUCAGGAGGCCUGGGAUACUAUUCCUCUUCCCUAUGACCAGAGAAGUUGUCCUCGGAACAAAGGCAGGGUUAGCUUUUCCUUUCAUAAGGGCUGUGUUGAAAUGACCUAGGACCAAACAUUAAAGAAAAUAAUGUUUUUAAAAGAUCCUUGUCUGUGCUGCCUCCCGGCUUGUGAGCCGGAUCCGCCUUACAUUAUUAAAGUUGUCAGCAUACAAACGGAGCCACCAAACAAGGCUGGGGUGGGAGGUCCUUGUGUGGUAUCUGCCUGUUGGUAAGAUUAUGUAUAUGCACAUUCUUGCAGUGAAGGUCACUUCCAGGAGCAGCUAGAUUUUCUAUCCGCUGCUUCCGUCUCUGCCUGAGGUAAAUCCGUGACCAGAACUUGUACUUCCCAACAGCGGCAUAAGUCCUCUUCUUACCUUUCAAAGUUUGCCUUGGCUUUCUGGCUGUAACAACAUGCCGCCUCUGUCCUGCCCUAACCCACAGGGCACUCGCAUCCCACACGGCACCCUCCACCAUCUCUAAAGAGACUCCUUGCUUUGGAGAGCCUCUUCCUGUCAGUAUUUGUCUGUGACAGCCUCCUGUGGGCUAGCCAGCCAUGCUCAGGAAAGCUCACGUUGCUUCUGGCAAGAGGUUUUGUUUCUUAUGGCGCUGGGGGCAAGACUUAUGAAAUGGUUUUAAGGAGACGCUGGUUUGUGUUGUUUGUUUGUUUUUGAGACAGGGUUUCUCUGUGUAGCCCUGGCUGUCCUGGAACUCAAGCUGUAGACCAGGCUGGCUUUGAACUCCUAGAAACCUGCCUGCCUCUGCCUUCAAGUACGGGAAUUAAAAGCGUGCAGCACC